AUGGAUAGUAAAGAGUUUCGACGUCGUGGAACGGAGAUGGUGGAGUAUAUCUGCAACUAUCUCGAGACGCUCGAGCAACGCCGCGUCACGCCCAGUGUUGAGCCGGGCUAUCUGCGGCUGCAGUUGCCGGACGAGGCGCCCGAAAAUCCGGAACCCUGGGAAAACAUCAUGAAGGACGUGGAGGACAAGAUUAUGCCGGGCGUGACGCACUGGCAGCAUCCGCGCUUCCACGCGUACUUCCCGUCGGGCAACUCGUUCCCGUCGAUCCUGGGCGAUAUGCUGAGCGAUGGCAUCGGGUGUAUCGGAUUUUCGUGGGCCGCCAGUCCGGCCUGUACCGAGCUGGAGACCAUCGUACUCGAUUGGCUAGGCAAAGCGAUUGGACUUCCCGAUUCGUUCCUGGCGCUCAAACCGGGCAGCCGCGGCGGUGGCGUAAUACAGACUUCGGCGUCCGAGUGCGUGCUUGUGACGAUGCUGGCCGCCCGGGCCCAGGCCAUCAAGUAUCUCAAGCAGCAGCACCCGUUCGUCGAGGAGGGCCACCUGCUGUCCAAGCUGAUGGCGUACUGCUCGAAGGAGGCGCACAGCUGCGUCGAGAAGGCGGCCAUGAUCAGCUUCGUGAAGCUGCGGAUCCUCGAGCCGGACGAAAAGUGUUGCCUCCGGGCGGACACACUGAUAAAGGCUAUAGAGGAAGAUGAACAGCAGGGUCUGAUACCGUUCUUCGUGUCGACCACCCUCGGGACGACGGGUUCGUGCGCCUUCGACGAUCUGGCCGAGAUUGGACACGCGGUGCAGCGUCUGUCCAGCAUCUGGCUGCACGUCGAUGCGUCGUACGCCGGAAACGCGUUCAUCUGCCCCGAGUUGAAGCCGCUGCUGAGGGGCAUCGAGUAUGCCGAUUCGUUCAACACGAACCCCAACAAGUGGCUGCUGACGAACUUUGACUGCUCGACGCUCUGGGUGCGCGAUCGAAUCCGGCUCACGUCGGCCCUCGUCGUCGAUCCGCUCUACCUGAAGCACGGCUACUCGGACGCCGCCAUCGACUACCGGCACUGGGGCGUACCGCUUAGCCGACGCUUCCGGUCGCUCAAACUGUGGUUCGUGCUCCGCAGUUACGGUAUCUCCGGGCUGCAGGCCUACAUCCGGCACCACAUUCAACUGGCGAAGCGCUUCGAGGCGCUCGUGCUGAAGGACAACCGCUUCGAGGUAUGCAACGACGUCAAGCUGGGCUUGGUGUGCUUCCGGUUGAAGGGGACCGAUCGCAUUAACGAGAAGCUGCUGAGCAGCAUCAACGCGUCCGGCAAGCUGCACAUGGUGCCGGCCUCCGUGAACGAUACGUACGUCAUCAGGUUCUGUGCCGUGGCACAGAACGCCAAAGUGGAAGACAUUGAUUACGCCUGGGAUGUGAUCACCGAUUUUGCUGCCGAAACGCUCGAGAAGGAACAGGCGGACGAGGUCAGCGAGAUUGUCGACCGUCGUAAGACGCACACCCUCGCCCAGAAGCGCUCGUUCUUCGUGCGCAUGGUUAGCGAUCCGAAGAUCUACAAUCCGGCCAUCAACAAGGCUCAGACGCCGCACCGGAUUUCCGCCGAGCUGACCUCACCGGGCCACGAUGGCACGGUGGUGACGGUGCAAUCGCCCAAGACCCCCGGAUCGGCCUCGUGGAUCAGUUGGCCGUUGGCAUUCCUCUUCGCGCCGGCCGAUGAUGGCACCAAAAAUGAUGUCACGUUGAGGUUUCGCCACUUGGACACCAUGAUGCGACUGUCCGCUUCGCGGCGCAACUCUGCCACCGGCGGCUCCUCGCCGUCACCGGAGGCCGAAAACGGCAUCACUCUGCUGAAGUCGCCCAAAAAAUCCCCGAUCAUGCUGCGAAAGCGUGGCUCAUCGCCCAACCCGCCGGCAGCCGCCAGCAACAGCAACGGCUCCAGCGGCAAGUAGAGGACCCGGGCCUCCCGCACGCGCACACUACAUUAGCCACAAACACUAAC